UUCGUCGUUCCGCCGGCGUGGUCCGCUCGGCCGGAGCAGCGAUUCGCGCGCGAGCGCGAGCGCGAGCGCGACCGGGAGCAGCGCGACUCGUGAAAGUGCACGACGGUGGCUCGUCGGCCACGAGGACACAUCGAUCGAGGCAGCAGACGUCGAUCUGUCAGUCGAACAGGUGCGAGCCGCGACGCAACGAAAACAGUCGCUGGAACGAGAAGAGAGGACAAGACUUGUGAAGUGUGCGAGCGAACGGUUUCGUUGUUUCAUCGAAUAUUGACUUUGGAUAAGGAGAGACGGACGAGAUACACGUUGUGUACAUAAGCACAUUGAAACGUAAACGAAUCGAACGGAUGUGCGAUAGUGCAAUCGAAACGGAAAUAAUUUUGGGAAUACGCGCGUGAACGGAUCGUCGGCCGUUUUGACAGACUGAAGAGAGAAAGUGACGUUCGACAUUUCGAGUGAGAUCGCUCUGAAGACAGAACGAAGAGAGAGAGAGAGAGAGAGAGAGAGAAAGAGAAAGAGAAAGAGAGAGAGAGAGAGAGAGAGAGAGAGAGAGAGAGAGAGAGAGGAGAAAAAAGAGAGAAAGACGGGUGGUCCUCGAAACUGGUCCCAGCGACACGUGACACUACCGAAGCCUGUGCAAUCGUGAAGGAAGACUUUGUGCGCGAGUGUGAUACAUUCGAGCGCUUCCUCGCUCUUCUUCAGUUAUUCCGUGAGAAAGUGCGGGUCCAGCAGGAGUCGCAGGAGCAGGAACACGCGGUGCGUGAUUAUUAAUUGACGAUCAGGCUGCGAGGGAGGCGAGCCAGGGAGGAGAGAAAUUUCGCAACGUGACGACGCAUGAGGGGAGAGAGGAAGGAGAGAAGGCCGUGUAAACACGCGCACGCGGGAAGAGACGCGAUAAAUUGAUACCGUUUUAUCGGAUAUCAGCGAGAGAAAACGAGACGGAGACGGACUGAAGAGGAGAGAAAGAGAGACAGAGAGAGGGAGCAACGGGCCUUGCUUCCCGGGCGAUCCGAACGUGACUGAACCGAUGCAUCUAAGGAGCAGGUGACGGGCGGAAUUCAGACGAGCGUCCCUGAGAUACUUCGAACGCACUCCGUGAAGAAGCCUGAUCGCGGCAACACGAGAAAGAUGCCGAGCCAACGACGAAGACAUUCUCGCUGGAGAAUACUGCUGGUGCUGCUGGUGUUCGUCGGACUGAUCCGUCACAGCGAACUCACGUCUGCCGGCAUACCCGAGUCGUCGUCGUUGACCUCAGCGCCCGUCGCCAGGAAGAAAUCCCAGGACUUCAGCUCUCUGGGUGACUUCUCCUGGCAAGCGUGGUUCAUGGUGGACACGCAGGCCGGCGCCCAGCCUGGCGCGGACUCCGCGACUCUGCUGCGGAGGAUCACGCCGAAGAGCGUCUUCAUCGCACCUGCUCUGCCAGCGUGCGCCGAAGGUUACGAGGAAGACGCGAUGGACAGGUGCGUGAAGCACGUGGACAUAGACCAGAACGCGCAUUUCAGCUUCCUCCUGCAACGUCUCAACACAAUGUACGCUAAUCGGAAGAGCAGCCCGCAGAACAAGCAGCCGACCGGUCCUCUGCAGGUGAACAUCCCGCUGAUGGCCAGCGUCAAUUCCGAACCGAAGAAGCCCGAGGCCGUGGAAACGCUGUUGAUAAACGACCCUCUCGCGGCGGUGAUGGGCGAGGUUGACAUAGCGGACGACAAGAAGACAAAGCACGAGGCGGUAGCAACCGCGUACGAGGUGAAGAACGAGACGACGUUGGGCGACAAGGAGAAGAAGCAGAACACGUCUUUUCACGAGAGUUCCAGUCUAGGCAACAUCGAACAGGUUGAGCGUAAGCCCGACGCGGCGGUACCAGUGGCUGAAUUUGCCGAAGAAACCAACGACACCAGCUUCUUGGGGGUGGUGGACUACAAGAUCCCGGCGGACUUGAAGAUCUUGUUGAACGUAUCGGGCGCGAAGGGAUCCAACGCGAGCGAUACCGCCAGCGAAGAUGCUCCGACUACGGACAAGCGCGUCAACCCCACCGAGAUGUCGCCCUUGAUGCUACUGUUGUCUACGCUAAUACCGAGCACGACUCCUGAGCCGAAAACAGACGACCUGCCGUCGACGGAGAACAACACCGUCAACCACACGAUUGGACUAACGUCCAACUAUACUUCACAUGUCCCUGAUACGAAGGAGGAAAUCGCCGAGGACAACAAGUCAGGUUCCUAUGAGCUUCCAGCAGCGUGGUCAUCGGAAGCCGAUGACAAGAGUCGAGACAACGAGACGCGCGCAGAGGAUCAGCCGAAGAUACUACCCGAAGGUCCCAGGCUGGACGAGUUGCACGAGGCCGACUUCAUCUACGACGACGAGGCGGAAGACGACGAGUACGUGUACAGCACGGACACGCCAGACGAGGAGUCCACCGAGACAGAAGAGAUCCUGAAGCACGGCGAGGCCGGCAUGACGAUCCCCACGCGAAGCCCCGAUCGAGCGUAUCGUGAGCAUCAGCGACUGCGGCUGCAGAAUCAAACCGGGGACCGGAAGAAGACGGCCGGCCCACGCGACCAGGUCGUGAUCCGCUUCAACGACUCCACGCCCACUGACAAGGACGAGGCGGGCAGCAACAUCUCCAGCGAGGUCAGCAUCGACGGUGACCUGAUUCUGGAGACGACUCUGUUGGACGUGAACACCGAGAGGUUACUGGCCACCAGUACCCAGUCGUCGGACGCGAGCGACCAAAUCACGACGAAGAGCAAUGACGGCGAUGACCCCAGGCAACAAUAUGACCAAGAUCAGCACACCAUCGCGCCAGAGCUCGUGCUUUCGUCCAAAGACGGCAACCAGGUGGGCGCACACUCAGAGGACGACAGGCAAGACGCAACGCUGGAAUCCGCCCUGUUCUCGUCAGAAUCGUUGUUGUACGACCCUCCCGAAGAAGACCAUAUAACCGAGAUCCACGCGAUCGACGAGGACCGGCUGGACGUGGCGGAGGAGAGCACAGCGAAGGUCGACUCCAAGGAGCUCGGCACGACGCCGCGAAACGCCUACUCGGACAGCUCGGUGCGAUUCCCAAUAAACCACGAGCUGGUCGAAGGUCGUGUGAGGUUCCCCGAUGCUGUGAGGCAGCAGCAGCAGCAGCAGACUUACGUGAGAUUCCCCGGCAGUGAAGCCAACAGCAUACACAGCGCGAACUACAAGCAUCAACACACGCAUGAGACGCCGGGCGACGGCGCCUACGGCGGCAGCAGCACGAAGAGCAGCGUGCCCACACGCCAGAAACCAGUUUACCAUCUGACGGCGCCGAGCUGGAAGCCGGACCGGCAGCAGGACGAGCGCGAGCCGGCGGCCGCCCAGAGGCAGAAGCAGGCCUUGCCGCCGCUGCUUCGUCUCUGGAGCAAGAUGCCGCUGAUCAGGGACCCCUCUCUUCCCUCUAUCUUCCCCAUCGAUCAGUACCAGACGAAUCGCUCGGAGGACGACGAUUCGCUCGAGGGGGGACCAUCGGCCGAACAUCGCCGCCGGAGCUCUUCGCUGUCGAGGAGCCAGCGCGUCGACAAGGCGGCCGCGCGGGUACACCGAAGAACGUCAAUUAGCGGCUAAGCGCAGCCCAGCCUGGACACUGACUCUUCGCGUCUUCUACGUCGCUUUGCUCGGGAAGGUCCGGUGACCGUUCGGAACUGUGUGCCAAAUGAAUGCGGGGAGAGAGAGGGGCGGAGAGAAAGGGAGAGAGGAGAGUUUCGGCAGGGUGAAUCUCGAAAGGACGAAGGGACCGAGAGGACGCUCCUGCGCGGCGACUCGGCCAGACGGGAGACGCGGCUUCCUCGAGCGCGCCGAUUUUUUCGACGGGAACCGCGUGAAUCGGUGCUACGCGCGUAAUCGCGUAGUAUUGCGUGUCUAGCGAGCGCGUUGCGUAUCGCCUGGAAAUCACGACAAUCUCCGAGGGAGCGAGCGCGGAACGGUACCCUUCCUGGAAUUGUCGGCCAAGCGCUUACAGGCCAGAAGGAGCGUGCUAACGGGGACGUUUUAAUAGCAACGGUCACGUCUUGCAAGAAUCGGUCAUAUCGAGACGCGAAUCCAGAAUGAAAUCUCUCUAUAUAUCUCUCUCUCUCUCUCUCUUUCUCUCUGUCCCUCUCCCCCUCUCUCUCUUCGCUUCCCUCCGACGAGUCUCAGUAUCCGUUCCAGUGCUGCCGUUUCCGGCUGUCUCCCCCUCGCGUAGGAACGCACCCCGAUAACCGUGCGAUCGAUAGUGCUAAGCGUGUUAAACGAGGAGAAAGUAAGAGGAAAGCGGCGGAAAGAGAUUUGCGCAAUAAAGUUGACGAUGACGAUGUCGACGUCGACGACGAAAUUCGCGGCGGAAAGAUCGAUUCUCUACGGAAGCCUCGACGAGAGUUACCUCGCAUUUCAACAAAGGUGCUGAUCAGUCGCCAUCGAGCAUCGGGGUGUCCGGUCGUGUCGAGCGACAGGAAGACACGGAAAUGUGCGAAUUUCGACGCACAUCGAAGCGUCGGAACGGCGAGGUCGGCCUCGAAGAGCGCGUCGAGGCUUCGCUCGCGUCGCGAGUCUCAUUAACCGAGCUGACACUUACGAAACGAAGCGAGCGAAACGCAGAGGUGGUAACGUCUCUUACGGUCGUAACGGUAUGCGCUGAAGUAGAUUCAAAGUGACACUGCUCAGCAAGAAGGAGAGAAGGAACGAUCGGAUUUUCCUCGAGUAUUCUCGCGAGUAAGUUUUCACGUGUAAAACCGAGAUCGGCAACGAUCUCCCCAGAUCCUCGUCGCACAUUCGACUCCGCAAAACGCGGCUUCCAAGCUCCACAGUUUUAUCUCGUCGACUGCCAAAUGUUAUAUUUUGCACCACUUCUUAAUAAAAAUUCUACCCGAUUCAUCGUACUUUGCUAUCACACGGUCAUUAACACGCCAUUAAUACGUCAUUAAUAAUCUAAUGCCGACCUAUCAUUAUAUUCUCUAAUAAAGUAAAAAGAAAAAAAAAGAAAUGCGUUUACAAUAUACGACGAAACAAUCGCAUUCAAGGUGUGCGAUAAGAGUGUGGAAAAUAAUAAUAAUAAUAAUAAUAAUAACAAUAAUAAUAAUAACAAUAAAAGUCUCGCGUGCGAGGAGUAUGAUAAUCAGCGGUCAAUUCCAUCGCGCGUCAAAAAGAAGUCAUUAAUUCCGUUAAGUUUCGCGGACGGGAGGCGGAGAGGGAGGAGGAGGAGGAGGAGGGAUUGAGGAGACGCGAGUUCUCAGCCUAUUGUUGAAUGCGCACUCGGCUCUCAAUGCGGCUCGCGUGCUUGUUUAUCAGCGCGGUUCGGGACACGCAGAAUGAGAGAACUCAACUUCCGGGAACUGAUGGAGAGAACAAGUUCUCUCCGCGUCGGGCGACGAGAAAGAAAACAGGUGUCCGAGCCGCAUCGAAAGCAAGUGCGCCGCGCGGAUGAAAUUGAGAACGCGCGUCCGCGCUUAUUGAGCGCGCGAGCGUUAACGCUAGUUUCGAGAUAACGAUGUAUGAGCGGCGUUUACGAGCUCGCGAGCGAUAUGCCGAGCUACUUCUACAUGGAGGUGUUAUCGCAGCAGACUGAUUUCUUUAGCGUUAUUAUAGAGUAGUAAGUCACGAUUUCCGGUCGUACGAAAAAUCCCGAGAGAGUUCGUGUCGCCUUGCUAUCGGCGGCGACGGGGACUUGCGCACCGAGAGAGAGAGAGAGAGAGAGAGAGAGAGAGAGAGAGAGAACACGUCCGAAAAAAGGAGCGAACGUUUCUUCGGCGCUGAUAACGUGCUCGCUCAAACCCGAAAUCUCUCACUUGAACAAAUUCUUUUAUCGACGUAAAUAAUCGCCAGGAUAUAGCAAUUGUGAAAAAUCGAAGAAAAGCAAAUUUGUUUCUCGGCACAAAAACACACAUGUUCUGACAGAAAAACGGGCACGUUAGUAGCCCGCUGAAUAGAAACGUUCGUCUCCCAGAACUGUUUUCUCCCGUUGCGCACGUAAUCGCAACAACGUCAGCUUCCGCGCGAGGAGUCACCGCGUCGAGGACUCGCGGGACGCGAGAGAGAUGCGAAAGAGCAGCUUCGGCUGCACGCACGCACGCACGCACGCACGCACGCACGCGUCCCGGUCGCGACGGCAGGAGACACGAGGUGUCCGAGGAAAGGACUCAAAAUUGACUCGCCAACUAACGCGCAACUUCGACGUCUUGGACUCUUCUCGCGCCGCGGAUAGACACUUGCAUUACGUAGCCCGCGACACAGCGUAGUUUAAGUGUUUUUCGGUGUGAACUAAUCGAUGGUUGUUUCAUGUCUCGAAGCCCCGAAGACGGAACUCGAGCUAGCCGUAUCGAAAUCGCUAAUCCUCGAGAGUCGAAAAGUCUCGACGACCCCGCGGCCGCCAUUCGCUCGUCCUCUUCACCGAUCCGUUCACAUGAGACGACCGCACUCCGGUGGUAACGUCUGUUCGACACCGACGCGCUGCUGUAACGACAGUUUCGUGGACACGGCAGAACCGUGUCCACGACACUCAUUGAAUUUUGCAUCGAUUGCCCUUCGAUUACUGAGAAUCAAUCAAGGCAACGAGAGCCGCGCAAGGACGUUGGCAGCGAAUGAUCUCUCCUCACGAGAGAAUAAACAAUACAUACGAGGACAUUGCCCACCUCUUAAAGAAAAAGAAAAAGGAAUGUAUCGGAAUUAAAUUUUGGGACAAUUUCUCGGAAAAUUAUAAUCUGGAAAAAAGUCGUAAAGUUACAAUUUUCCGAGGUACAAUUUUAUCGAAAUGUUAGAAUUGUCUCGCACAGCUGGAAGCGUCGAUAUCUGUUCACUCGAGUGCAGCAAAAAUGCACUUGUGUGCGUAUGCGCUGUUUGCGGAGUGAUAGCCGCUAGCCGGAACAAUUGUACACUUCGGGAAAAUUGCAUUUCGGGCUAUCGUCUCGAUGUUGAGAUUUUAGCGUUAUGACUUUUCGGGAGAAAUUGUCCCGAUUGAUCGUCGUCUUGAUCGAUUCUCGAUUCUCGAUUCUCGAUGACCGAUGCUCAGUGAUUCCCGUCGAUUCUCCCGGCGAGGCCAGCACGUGCAACGAGCGGCGAAAGUCUUGAUCCUUGGUGGCACAUCGGAUGUCACCCCCUGCACCGCGGCGGGCAUCGAAGCGUUUCGAAAUGUCCACCCCCCCUGUUUUCGAUUUUGUUACACUGCGCGACACAACGAAGCGGAAAGUUAUACGAUAAUUGACACUGUGCGGCCAGUAACUCUACUGCUCUACGUGCGUUUCUCAAUGUGGUGUGUAAUGUCUCUCGUAUACUGAAUGUUGAUUCGUGUACAUAUUAAUUUUAUUACGGAGAAUUGUAUAUAUACAUAGCAUAUGAAACAUAAGCAUAUAAUAUAUGAGGAGAGUGUAAGCGUUAACACACACAACAGCGUCGCGAUGCGUAUUAAUCAUGUGACUGUAUCAAAUCUCAUUGUAUUAUUUAUAGCGAAAUAUAUCGAUGUAUAUUGCA